UGUGGUAUGCCCAGAAAGGAGAGGGGACCACCUACAGGACACAACAUUGCAGUAGUUGGUAUCGUAAGGCAGCUCCUGGGGUCUGAUUGAGAGCAAGAGCAAAAGCCAGGAAGUGUUUCUUGGGUCAUCUGCACAUAUACAUCAUACAUCAGCAGCCCACGUCGGAGCUUUUGCAACCUGCAAACUGAAAAGAUUAAAAAAUAUGGCAUACCUCCUCAUGUUUGUGACUCUACUGCAUCUAGUGACUUUGGCCAUGCUUUUCAUCUCGACCAUGGAGAAGUCCUGGUGGGUGUGGGAGGGGAUGGAGAACUCAGACCUAUGGUACAACUGUAGAUAUGACAACUUCUCAGGAACGUGGUUGUGCGCCUCGUCCAAAGAAAGUGAGUGGCUCCACGCAGUUCAGGUCUUAAUGGUCCUCUCCGUGGUUUUCUCCUCCGUCUCUUUCCUGGUCUUUCUGGGUCAACUGUUCACCAUGUCCAAAGGCGGACUCUUCUACUUUACUGGGCUGUGUCAAGUCUUUGCAGGCCUGGCCGCCUUGUCUGCAGCCCUCAUGUACACAUUACACAACAAGGACAUCCUCCAAGACGCCAGAGAAACGACUUCAGGACACUUCGGCUACUGCUUCAUCCUAGCUUGGGUGUGUGUGCCUCUCCUGCUGUGUAGUGGCGUCAUUUAUGUCCACUUGCGCAAAAAAGAGUGACUUAUGCAAGACAAUGGCAAAUAUUGAUAAGCUAGCAAUCCUAAAGAUACCCUUUUCAUCAGGAAUGCCAAAUAUUGAGACUUACAUUCUAAAUGCAUGUUUUUCACGCCAAGGUUGCUUUUGCAAUGUAAAUACUCAGUUAAAACUUUAGACAUUUAGACACCUUGUAAACAGAUUAAAUCCUCACUGUGAAUUCAUCAUAAAGCAUGCCCUUUGCAGAAAUUAUACCAAUGUGAAAUUUACCUAUAUAUUUUGUAGCGAGGACACACCUUAGGGAGAUGCAUGCAAAUACAUAUAUAUUUUUGUACCUGUUGAAUUUGUAUUGCAGUAAGAAAUGUCACUCAAAGAAACAAAAUGUGCACACAAGAGUCACUAUUCAAUGUAAGUAUAUUCAUAUAUUUAAUUGUUUUAUUUAUUCUUUAGUCACAAAACCAUACUUAAUAGACGGAUGUACUUUUGCGCCAAAUCAAAGUAAAAAUAAGUUAUACAAGUUCAGUUCAGUUCACUUUCAGUGUAUUUCGGACAUGCAUACAAUACAAUAUAACACAUCACAUAUUUCCAGUGAUGUAUUAGAGGCCAGGUAGAAUUAUAACAAAAGAAGAAUUUAAUAAGAAAGAAGAAUUUAAUAAGUCCAAAAAGUGCAACAAAAGGCGAUGGGGCAGAGAAGUGCACACCAUGAUUAAAUAAACACAAACAGGUCUCUCAGUGGUCGGCAGGGGAAUAGGCCUGGGCGCAUUUGAGCACAAAAGGUCUAACACAAAAAUCCUCUGAACCUCAGGGAGGCUAGGAAGUAAACACAAAGGGGUGAGGAAUUGCAGGAAUAAGGGAAAACAACAUACCAAGGCUGAUGAGGUAAAACGGGCGUCUGCACGUGGGAGGUAGAGGAGAAAAUCACCAGCAGAACCCAGUUGUCGGCGACGAGCUUAAAUACACCUCAGUAGGGCUUGGUGGCAGGUGUGCCUCGCUGAGGACUAAUUACUGAAGAAAAAAAGACACCAUAAAAAAGGGAAACUACAGCUCAUAAAUUAUCAUGUAGAAAGCUGGAACGCAAAUGGCGCGCGACUAAACUUGAGGUUUUCCAUUAAGCAUGGAGUGAUAGUUUAGUAACUUAUAAACACAUGCUUACCUUAGCUAAAGCUAAAUAUUACUCAAAUCUCAUCCGCCUUAAAAAAAACGAUCCUUAAAUUUUGUUUAGUACGGUAGCAUCGCUAACCCGACAAGGGACUCCUUCCAGUAGCUCCACCCACUCAGCAGAUGACUUUAUGAAUUUCUUUAAUAAGAAAAUUGAAGUCAUUAGAAAGGAGAUUAAAGACAAUGCGUCCCAGCUACAACUGGGUUUUAUUAACACAGAUACGAUAGUAUAUACGGCGCAUACUGCCCUCCAAAAUAGUUUCUCUCCUUUUGAUGAAAUAACAGUAGAAUAAUUGUUACAACAUGUAAAUGGAAUAAAACAAACAACAUGUUUACUUGACUCACUUUCUGGGAAACUUAUCAAGUAGCUCUGUGUAUUAUUAGGUCCAUCAGUGCUAAAUAUUAUAAAUGUAUCACUUUCCUCGGGCACUGUUCCCCUAGCUUGCAAAAAAGCGGUUAUUCAUCCUCUCCUUAAAAGACCUAACCUCGAUCCUGACCUCAUGGUAAACUACCGACCGGUGUUUCACCUUCCCUUUAUUUCAGAAAUCCUCAAAAUAAUUGUUGCAGAGCAGCGAAAUUAACACUUAGCAUCUAACAAUCUAUGUGAAACCUUUCAAUCCAGUUUAAGGGCAAAUCAAUCUACGGAGACAGCCCUCACAAAAAUGACUAAUGAUCUAUUGCUAACGAUGGAUCUUGAUGCAUCAUCUAUAUUACUGCUCCUCGAUCUUAGCGCUGCUUUCGAUACCGUUGAUCAUGAUAUUUUAUUAGAGCGUAUCAAAAAACGAAUUGGUAUGUCAGAUUAGCCCUGUCUUGGUUUAACUCUUAUCUUACUGACAGGGUGCAGUGCGUCUCCCAAAACAAUGUGACCUCGGACUAUGUUAAGGUAACGUGUGGAGUUCAUCAGGGUUCGGUCCUUGGCCCUGCACUCUUCAGCAUCUACAUGCUGCCGCUAGGUGACAUCAUACGCAAAUACGGUGUUAGCUUUCACUGUUAUGCUGAUGACACCCAACUCUACAUGCCCCUAAAGCUGACCAAAACGCCGGAUUGUAGUCAGCUGGAGGCGUGUCUUAAUGAAAUUAAACAAUGGAUGUCCGCUAACUUUUUGCAACUCAACGCCAAAAAAACGCCCAAAAAACGGAAAUGCUGAUUAUCGGUCCUGCUAGACACCGACCUAUAUUUAAUAAUCCAACUUUAACAUAUGACAACCAAACAAUUAAACAAGGCGACUCGGUAAAGGAUCUGGGUAUUAUCUUCGACCCAACUCUCUCUUUUGAGCCACACAUUAAAAGCGAUACUAAAACGGCCUUCUUUCAUCUCCGUAAUACCGCUAAAAUUGGCUCCAUUUUGUCCACUAACAACGCUGAGAUCUGCGAUGAGUUAGCGACUUGUCCAGGGUGUACCCCGCCUUCCGCCCGAUUGUAGCUGAGAUAGGCACCAGCGUUCCCGGGAAUAAGCGGUAGUAAAUGGAUGGAUGGAUGGACGACGCUGAGCUCAUUAUCCAUGCGUUUGUUACGUCUCGUCUAAAUUACUGUAACGUAUUAUUUUCGGGUUUCCCCAUGUCUAGCAUUUAACGAUGACAGUUGGUACAAAAUGUGGGUACUAUACUUUUGACAAGAACAAGAAAGUUUGAUCAUAUUACGCCUAUACUGGCUCGCCUGCACUGGCUUCCUGUGCACUUAAAGGCCUACUGAAACCCACUACUACCGACCAUGCAGUCUGAUAUUUUAUGUAUCAAUGAUGAAAUAUUAACAUUGCAACACAUGCCAAUACGGCCGGUUUAGUUUACUAAAUUGCAAUUUUAAAUUUUCCGCGAAGUAUCCUGUUGAAAACGUCGCGGAAUGAUGACGCGUAUGAUGACGCGUGUGCGUGACGUCACCGGUUGUAGCGGACAUGUUCUUCCAGCACCGCUCAUGGCUAAAAUUCAUCUGCUUUAAUCGCAUAAUUACACAGUAUUCUUGACAUCUGUGUUGCUGAAUCUUUUGCAAUUUAUUCAAUUAAUAAUGGAGAAGUCAAAGAAGAAAGAUGUAGGUGGGAAGCGGUGUAUUGCAGCUGCAUUUAGCAACACAAACACAGCCAGUGUUUCGUUGUUUACAUUCCCGGAGGUGAAGCUUUACUAUGGAACAGAGCGAUCAAGCGAACAUGAUUCCCGACCACAUGUCAACCGGCAGGUUUCGGUGAGAAAAUUGUGGUAGUAAGUCGGCUCCUACCGUAGACAUGAGCGGAGCUUGCGUCCUCCUACAGCUGCAGACUCUCUUACCUCCUCCCACCGGAGACACUGGUGGUCACCACACCUGUGGCCACACUCCUCCGACUUUUAGGUACCAUAUAAUCUCACUAAAACACUAGUAACACAAUAGGCAGAUAAGGGAUUUUCCAGAAAUAUCCUAGGAAAUGUGUCUAAUAACAUCUGAAUCGCUACCACUGCCCUUGCCUUUUCUCUCACUAUCCUCAUCCACGAAUCUUUCAUCCAUCCAUCCAUCCAUCCAUCCAUUUUCUACUGCUUAUUCCCUUUGGGGCUGCGGGGGGCGCUGGUGCCUAUCUCAGUUACAAUUGGGUGGAAGGCGGGGUACACCCUGGACAAGUCGCCACCCCAUCGCAGGGCCAACAUAGGCAGACAGACAACAUUCACACUCACAUUCACACACUAGGGACCAUUUAAUGUCGCCAAUCAACCUAUCCCCAGGUGAGUUUUUCCUUCCUUGCCCUUAUGUGGGCUCUACCCAGGAUUUCGUUGUGGUUUGUGCAGCACUUUGAGACACUUGUGAUUUAGGGCUAUAUAAAUAAACAUUGACUGAUUGAUACAGAUAUAGUAACGGUUUUAAGUGUUGUAUGAGCAUACAAAUGUUUUAAAUUUGAGUUUCCUCUAAGGUCAUACUUUAUAUGUUUUGUUGGGAAGAAUUUGUGUAAAUUUUGGGGUAGCAGGUUAUGGUUUGCUUUGUACAUAAAUUUAGCUGUUUGCAAAAGCACCAAAUUGUUGAAUUUAAAUAAUUGUGAUUUAAUAGAUAAAUACAUAAAUAAAGUAGUAAUUUAAACGUGAAGAAAAUUAAAAUAUUUUAUUAUUCAAA